AUGGGGAUGACUUCUAAGGUUGAUAUCGAGAAGUUCAAUGGGACAAAGGACUUUGGGUUGUGGAAGAUGAAGAUGAAGGCACACUUAGACAACAUGAGAGUUGCUAAAGCACUCGAGGGAGAAUCACAAUUACCGGCCUCGAUGGAUUUGGAGAAAAAAAUGGAGGUGUUCGAAAGGUCCUAUAACACAUUGGUUCUUAGUCUUAUUGAUAAAGUGCCGCGAGAGGUUGCUAGUGUCACAACGACAAUAGAGAUCUACAUAAAGUGGAGAUUCUUCAAAUUUAAAAUGGUUGAGGGGAAGGAUAUGCAUCUCAACGAUUAUAUCAAGAUUCUCCUUGAUUUAGAAAAUAUCGAGGAGAAAUACAAGGAUGAGGAUAAGGCGUCGAUGCUUUUGAAUUUCUUACUAAAGUCGUAUGAGACGUUCAUAGACAUACUUGAGCAUGGGAAGGAGGAUGUAAUGAGUUUUUUUAGAUCGAAUGACCAAAAGAAGAAGAAUGAAGAGAGAAAUGUUAGUGGAGAUGGACUAUUGUCUGACAAGCGCGGAAUUAUAGAUUAUGGGUGUUCGUUCUAUAUGACACCCAAUGUGAUUUGGUUCGAGACUUAUGAGAAGACUACGGUGGGCGAGGUUUUGUUAGGUAACAACAAAUCCUGUAGGGUGAUGAGGAUCGGAAUAGUGCGUUUGAAGAUGCAUGAUGGAAUCGAGAGGGGUGAGAAAGAUGUAUUGAGGGUCACAAAGGGAUCGUUAAUGGUAAUGAGAGGGGUGCGAGAGAAGAGUAUUUACAUCUUUCAAGGCAAUAACUUGGUUGGUGAUAUGAUGGCAGUGGCGGAGCCUCGAGAUGUAUCACCCACAAGUCUAUGGCAUAAGAGAUUGGGCCACGUUAGUGAGAGGGGUUUGAAGAGGUUGAAUAAGAGAGUCUAUUUUGGCAAGAAGAAACUUGAUGAUUUGGAGUUUUGCGAGAACUACAUAUACAAUAAAGCUACAAGGGUGAAGUUUAGGCGGUCGGUUGAGGUGACUCAGGAGACGCUCAAUUAUGUUCACUCAGACUUAUGGGGGCAGCGAGGACUGCAACUCUAG